ACCUUACCUAAUUAGAUGUCAAAAUAAGACAUCACAUCAAACGCCAUCCAUUCAUUAUGUAACAUCAUUCCUCAUUCUCAUGUAACAAUUUUAUGUAAAUUUAUGUUCAUGACCCAUCCAACUUAGCGACGUUAUCUCUAAACAGUAGUAUGAAUUUUGAUAUCAAGACCAAUUCAAAAUUCAAAAAAUCGUGGAACAAUCACCUCAUCUCAUAUAUCGACAAUGAUCAAUCACAAUUCACCCAAUCACCUAGUAAAAUAUCAAAAAUAUUACGUAACGAAAUAGAACCUAAUACCUACAACAAACAAAAACAAAAAAUAACCAACAAUUCUGCGUACGAAAUGAAGGCGAAAUAUCAAAUUCGGAAAUCGACCUUUUCUGAAACGGAGGAGGGAAGUGUGAGAUGGACUUUCGUUUCCUGCGAGAAAAAUGAGACAGAUGACGUCAAAAGGAUCGACGAAAUCAAACAACGAGUUGAGGUUUGCUCCAGCGAGGUUUUGAUAAACAUGCGGCAAAAGAUGCGAACGGGCACGGCCGAUCUGCAGGAAAAGCUUCGUUCGUUCUCAUUGAAAACCGAAACCGAAACUCGUAAUCUUUUGAUGAAGGCCCUCGAUAACAUAGAAAAAAUGAACCAGCUUCGAGACAUCGAACAUCUAAACGACCCCAAUGAUAAAGUACCCGAAUGUGUUUUGGAAUGUUUGAGUGUCAAGUUGGAUCAGAUUUUGGACGCAAUGGUCGUCAUUUUGAGGGGAUGCUUGAAAACAGCCAGAGAAGCUUUGUCUUCGCCUUUACAACUGGGAAAAACAGGAUUGGAGAUUGCCGCCAACGUUUUGAGACUGUCGUUGUUUCCAUUUGAUGAUUGUGAGCUGUGGAGUCUUAACGAGAUGAGGAACUGACACUGGUUUUGACUUGAGGGAAAAAACGUUUUGAUAGGAUGUACGUGGAAUGGUGUUUUACCCAUGUAAUUAACAUCAGAAUGUGGCGCACUUAUGUAACAUUGGGUAAAAUACAUUUUGGGAAAAACA